ACAGACACACUGUAGAUGAAGAAAUCAGUGUCAUAACAAAACCUUACAUCAACUGACCGCUGCUAAAGGUGAUCCGUCUCUGGACUCAAUGCUGCGCUUGAUCGCAACAUCGCUGUGCCUCCGGUGCCAACAUGUCACAGCUCUGCCUCUAAACCUCAGGCCAUGUGCAACACUCAGCUCAGCAGAGAACCAGCAAACCGUGGAGGCUCUUUAUGAUCUGUCUGUUAACAUCCAGAAGAUCCGGAAACUUAAGGGCUGGGUGCUGCAUCAGAGUCCAGCCUAUACUAAGGAGGUCGCCGACCUGCUGAGGAACAUGGGGGCCUCAGGCCCCAUCAUUGCUCGUAUCUUAGGAGUUCAUCCAGAAGCUGUCCUCUGUAAUCCGAAGCACAUGCAGUCUCAGAGGGAGCUGUGGAUGUCUGUGUGUCCAAACCAGAAAGAGCUGGUUGGUAUCAUUGAGAAAUUUCCAGCCUCCUUCUUCACUUCCUCCAGCCACCAUGACAACCAGCGGAACAACAUCGCUUACUUCCAGAGCUUAAACCUCAACAAGCGAAUCAUCACCAAACUCAUGGCCAGCGCUCCCCAGAGCUUCAGCCGGCCAGUAGAGCAGAACGAGGUGAUGGUGUGCACCCUCCAGCAGGCCUACCGGGAGCUGGGAGGGGAGGAGGCCAAUAUGAAAAUCUGGCUUCAGAAGCUGCUGAGCCAGAACCCGUUUGUUCUUCUCAAACCUCCGGAGGUGCUGAGGCAGAACCUGCUGUUCCUGAGAGACAAGGGCUUCAGCACAGCAGAGCUGCUCCGACUCCUCUCCAGCCUUAAGGGCUUCGUCACUGAGCUGAACCCAGACAGCAUGCGCUCCACUCUGGCGUACUCCCACGACACCAUCGGCUGCUCUGAGGCCGAGCUGCGGGACAUCAUCCUCAAGUGCCCGGCUCUGCUUUACUACCCUGAGUCUAUUCUGGCCGAGCGCUUUGAGGGCCUCCUCAGCGCUGGCAUCAGCAUGUCUCAAAUCACAGAGACUCCGACUGUCCUGGAGCUGACCACGCAGAUAGUGAACUAUCGCAUCCAGCGCCUGAAGGCACGCGGUUAUGAUGUCAGGACGGGCAGUCUGCAGGUCCUAAACGGCACGAAGAAAGACUUUGAGAUGAGCUUUGGAAAACUACAACUCCGCAGAGAGAGACCACUUUUCAACCCUGUUGCACCUUUAAAAGUAGAUGACUGACAUACAUAGACUAUUACAAGCAUGAAUUUAAAGGGAUAUAUACCGUUAUGGUUAUUUAUUUAUGUGCUUUGUCUGUAUCAGAUAAAAGUGUCUAAAGGUGCAUUCACUUUAUACUCUGAUAAGAUUUAUUUCUCUGUAACUGGACAAAUUACAAUGGUGCUGUUUGAACUUUGUGGUACAUCUUAUCAGCGAAGAUGCCUUCAGUUGCAAACCAACUACCUCCUGAUCUUAAAAUCCUCCAGUAAAUCAGUUUGAAGACUGGAGUUUCAUUCAGUUGUUUUCAUCCUGCUUUCAAAACUGCAUCACACUCAGCUCAAGGUAUGACACAGAGAAUCCGUUUUAGCUCCAUCUCUGCUGCCAAAGUCUCCGACCUUGUGGGAUGAAGAGCAAUCACAAUCCAAUUAACAAGCUACUUAUGAGUCCAUUUUUUCUUUUUUUGUUUUUUUAAAUUAGCUACUGCGAAUUUUAACACCAAAGGCAAAAAAAAGACAAAGUACCUCAAAGAAAACUGUGAUCACACCUUAACCAUUCAGUUUUCAUCACUGGAGUCUGUUGGCGUCACAACAGGAGGAGUGGUGCGGUUUUAUUGCAGGUAUAAAAGAGAUAAGGAUGGACAAGAUAAUGGCUUCCCACAGCGAUAUCUGAAAGUGAAACAAAUGCAGUGGAAUUACGAUGUGUCACAAUUUGUAGGGAAGAUGUCGUCUCGUCAAAUAAAAAGAAAACGAUUGCAGCUUA